AUGUUAUUGAAUAUACUAGCUAUAACUGUUUGUCUCUUUACGAUCACGUCGGCUGUAUCAGUCUUAAUCGAUAACAGUACUGUGAUUGGCAAUGUCAGUGUGCCUGUGAUCUCCGUGAAACGUGAGUGGAUUCAAGGUGACAAACAGGUGCCUGCGUCGUCAUACAACGUCGUACAGUCCUCACACAAAUCUUACCAGUAUCAUGCAAAGGCGUACUCCAGUGAAAAUAGUCAAGGUUUUCAGGAGCAAUACAUUUCUAAUGGUAUUCAGCCUUUGGUGCAAGGGCAGUACGGUUCCAAUGUUAUUCAGUCUGGCGUUCAAGGUCAAUACAGUUCCAAUAGUAUUCAGUCUGGUGUUCAAGGCCAAUACAGUUCCAAUGGUAUUCCGUCUGGUGUUCAAGGCAAAGAAGUAAUUAGUGGUAUCCCGUCUGGUGUUCAAGGCAAAGAAGUAAUUAGUGGUUCCAAUGGUAUUCAGUCGAGUGGUCAAGGUCAAUACAGUUCAAGUGGUAUUCAGUCGGAUGUUCAAGGUAAAGAAGUAGUCAGUGGUGGAGGUGGAAUUCAAGUGGUACAGCCAGCAGGAUACGGUAAUCCGAGCCAGGAAAACGUUGUUAACAACAAACCGGUUGGUGUUCUGAACCAACAAACGAUGGAACAAAAUAAAAAUUUCGACAUACAGCAACGUCCUGGAGACUAUGUCAGGCAACAGGAACGAGUCGCUUCUCAUGAACCGUCAGGCUCUGUCAACAGUGGACAACAAGAAGGUCGCAGUGAGUUGUACCAAUUACAGUCGAACGUUGGUCGUAUUCCAAGUGCUAGUUCGUCGGGCAACAACCCGAACAGAUAUGUUCAUGAAGAAUGGUACUUAAAAGAUACUCGCAAUUGA